CUUUCAAAGAGAUGCUGUAUACAGCCCAAGACCAAGCACCAUCUUUAGAAGUCACAGAUCAAGAUACAGUUAAGCGAUACUUUGCCAAGUUUGAAGAGAAGUUCUUCCAGUGUUGUGAAAAGGAACUUGCCAAAAUCAACACAUUCUAUUCAGAAAAGCUUGCUGAGGCUCAGCGUAGAUUUGCUACACUUCAGAAUGAGCUGCAGUCAACACUUGAGGUGCAGAUGGACCGCAAUGCAGUUUCUAACUUACGCCAAAGGAGGACUGUGUUCCCACUCUCCCAUAAGGAGCGUGUGCAUCAUAGGAACAUUCGUGACCUGAAGUUAGCUUUCAGUGAGUUCUACCUCAGCCUGAUCCUGCUCCAAAACUACCAGAAUCUGAAUUUCACCGGUUUUAGAAAGAUUCUGAAAAAACACGAUAAAAUGUUGGAGACAAGCCGUGGUGCUGAUUGGAGAGUGGCACAUGUAGAGGUGGCUCCAUUCUAUACCUGCAAGAAGAUCACCCAGCUGAUCAGUGAAACAGAGGCUCUUGUUACCGCAGAAUUGGAAGGAGGUGACAGGCAGAAAGCCAUGAAGAGGUUACGAGUACCACCCCUUGGCGCUGCUCAGCCAGCCCCAGCGUGGACCAUAUUCAGGGUGGGAAUGUACUUUGGAAUUUUUGUUGUACUGCUUGCAGCUCUGAUACUCAUAGGUAAAUCAAAAGAAGGGAACAUUUGGCCUUUGGUGCGUAUUUACCGUGGUGGAUUCCUUCUGAUCGAGUUUCUCUUUCUGCUUGGCAUCAACACAUAUGGUUGGCGGCAGGCUGGAGUGAACCAUGUGCUAAUCUUUGAACUCAACCCCAGAAGCAAUCUGUCCCAUCAACAUCUCUUUGAGAUUGCUGGCUUCCUGGGAGUCCUUUGGGGCUUGAGCCUGUUCAUCAGUUUAUAUGGGUCAUACGACUUAGUUCCAAUGCAGGUCAACCCUCUCAUACUCUACGGGUUCAUGUUCCUGUUUCUCAUCAAUCCCACAAAAACCUGCUACUACAAGUCUAGGUUCUGGCUGUUAAAGCUCCUGUUCAGAGUCUUCACAGCUCCAUUCCACAAAGUAGAGUUUGCAGAUUUUUGGCUGGCCGACCAAUUGAACAGCUUGGCUACAAUUCUGAUGGACCUGGAGUACAUGAUCUGCUUUUAUAGCUUUGAACUGAACUGGAGCUUGAGUGAGGGACUGCUCAGUGCUCCAGGUGAUAGCGUGUGCCACAGCUACUCCUAUGGAGUAAGAGCCAUCAUCCAGUGUCUGCCCGCGUGGGUACGCUUCACCCAGUGCCUGCGCCGCUACCGAGACACCAAACGAGCAUUCCCUCAUCUAGUCAAUGCUGGGAAGUAUUCCACCACCUUCUUUGUGGUGACCUUUGCUGCUCUCUACAGUACACACAAAGAUAUGUGCCUGAAUGCUGAGUGUUUCCAGCAUUUUGUUGUUAUAUGUUAGAUUUCCAGCAACACCAUGAUACUGAUGCACAGACUAUACAACCACUUAGAAGGGUAUUAACAAAGAAUUUAAAGGAUGAACAUGAUGGACUGAAACACCUCCCUGUGUGCUGAUCCUGUGGCUUCAGAGGAACAGAAAUUAGAGAAAACAAAACAAGCAAAUUCUUUUGAGGCUGACUGCACCCUCCUGGCUUGAAUAAUAAUUUAUGGCUUUUGUUGCCCAUGCAUUGUAUGAUCCUCAUUUGUAGAAAUCAAAAUGCUGUCAUUCACUUCUCCAUGAGUGUCCUCUAUUAGCAGCAAACAUGAGCCUUCACGUGCAGUAAAUGUAGCUGAUCUCAUUUAAUUGCUUCAUUUUGUCUUGUGUUUAAUUUGAAUAGGCACUUUAUUCAUCUGCUCUGUGGUGCAAAAGAUCAGACCAUUUUUUCAAGGUCCUGCUCCUUUCUGUGGCAUAAUUAGAAAAGAGAAUUUUUCAUCAUUAUUUUCAAGCUAAUUUGGCAGUUGGUUUCCAUUUGCUUGUUCAAACAGCCUCUGUUUUGAACACAGUAGAAAUGUUAGAUAUAGGAUCCGAGCACAGUGAUCUGAUCUUUAGUGUAAUCAUUUGUGGCUUUAAAACCCAUAACACUGGAGACUGAGUGUGUUCUUCAUAAAUUAUCCUGUUAGCUCGGGAUUCAAAUUGAGCCAAAACUGAUGGACUGUGAUUAAAUGAGUCAAAUUCCAUUUUAUUUAGACAAAAUUCAGAUUAUUUGCAUUUAUUUUGAUCACAUCCUGUUAUUCUAAUUUUUUUCUCUCCCCUUUAAAACACAAACGAGUCACAGUUCUAAAGCAAAACUCAAGUGAAGACUGACAACUGUGAUAUUCCACGUAAGCAAGUCAUCGUCUGAUGUUCACAGUGUGGGCUUAGACAGGAAGGAUGCUGCAUUAAUUCAAUAAAAAAAAUCAUAUGACUAUUACUUUAGCAGUUGAGAAUGCAGACUUGACCUCUUGGCGUGCAGUGGUAGUGUGCCUACCUCUGGACCUGAAACCCACGGUUCAAGUCCAACCUGCUUCAGACGUGUGUCAUAACCAUAACAUGUCUGAACAGGUUGAUUAAAACUAUGUAACAGAAUGGAAUAGAAACAAUUUUUGCUGGAGAACCUUAUGGAACCAUUGGAGAAGCCAAGUGUGUAUGGUUUGUGUCACUCCCAUGGUGUUUUCUGAUUGGCUUAGAUUAUGCACAACGGGACACUUAGAGGGAAUUAGUACAUGGCCAAUCCUUAUUAGGAGAUUUUCUUGUUGGUCAUAUUCAUUUUGCACAUGCUGUAUGAUACUUUUCUCCCCAGUCACUUGUCCAACUAUGAUUUUUAUUAUGCAGCUCACUUUCAAGAUUUGUUUGAAAUUUCUACUGUGAAGCACUUUUGGACACUUUUCUGCAUUAAAGGUGC